AUGAAUACUCACCAAUGGCGGAAGUAUGGAAACGUGCAAGCCGAAAAUUAUGUCGUCUGUUCCUCUUUCGGUUUAAAAUAUUUUCUUUUUUCUUAUCAACCGUCUCAUCCUGAACCCUCCUCCUCCUCCAUUUCUAUCACGACACCAUUUCCUUCGAUAUGCAUCUUCCUCCCCUUCCUUCUUCUUCUUUCGGAGUCGUUGUCUCCUCCUCGUCUCUUUUUUUCUUCUUUCAUUAAUUCUUCUUUCUUUUCUAUCAAUCUUGCGCCUUUUUCAUUCCUUGCCAUCUAUUCAAUGUCGACUGCCAUUCUUCUUUCAUUUCAUAUUGAACUAAUCUCUUAUCUUCGCUGCCAUUCCGUCGUCCUUUCCACGAAUCCUUCCGUUUCCUCGUUGAUAGCGCUGCAAGAAUGGCGAAGGCUAUGUCAGUCACUGAUAUGUAAUAAUGCUGUCUCCGGAAUUAUUCGAAUGCAGAUAGGAGGAAAAGGCACGCGGAUGCACUCAAUGAAGCAAGCCUCCAUAAAGAAAAAUAUCUGA